GUGUUGCAAGCCCUUUGUUACGCAUAAUUACCUUCUUCACACACGAUAACCCCAUGAUUCCCCGCUCCUCAUUUGCAUCUCCUUGACAAGGGCACAGGGCUCUGGGGAAGUUUUUUAAAUUGGUAAAUAAAAAAAAAAUUUAACUACCUCCGGGAGUGUAAUUCCGUGAUGCCUCCGAAAGGUAUUAGCAAAACAGUGAGCAAGAGGUGUCCCGAGUGUAGGAGGCAGGUACCGGUAGCUACCAAGCACUGCCACUGUGGUCACCAGUUCUUUGAAGAGCGUCGCAGAUCCACAACAUCAAACCCCUCGGAGGUAGAAGAAUUAGACGAAAGUACACUCAAAGACAUGAAACCUACCCGCAGUGUAACCACAUCUAGCUCUGUUAGUGGACUGAUAGCCAUGGCAUCGUCUGUGGGGAAGGGAGACCUGGGAUCACCAGCACCUGAGGGAAAACGUCGCAGUGAACGAGUCAAGAGAGAAAAACCCAAUUUCUACGAUGCCUUGGAAUAUGACAAUCAGAUGAGAAAGGCAAGAAAAGAAAGACAAAAGGAGGAGCCGCCCAAUCCAACAGGAAGGGUGAAGCGUGAGCGGAAAGUCAAGAACAACUCAGAGCCGGUUAGUGUUGCAAUAUACCGGUACAACAAGGACGAGGACGAAGAUGAUGAACCAGUGAAGGAGAAGAAAAAGAAGAAGAAGAAGAAAAAUAAUAACAAUGGUGAGAAGAAAGAAGAGGAAGUAGAUGAAGAUAUUAUGACUGGUAUAAGUGCAGAGAAAGAAAGGCAAUAUUCCAUUGUGCUGUCAGAUAUCAACUUUAAGCUUGGUCUAAAUAAUCCAAAAUUUAUCAAGAUAUAAGCAUAAUAUCAUGGUAUUGUUGCCAAGCUUUAUUCAGUUCUUCCUAAUGCACAUUAAUAAUCUCUUUUUUUCCUUACAAAUACACAUACAGUAUACCGUAUGAACAUGUAAAGGCAAGAUACUGAAGUGUUACAAUGUGUAUCAAGUUUUUACUGGUGAAUGUAUACAACCUCAGUGUUUAACUGUUUAAAAAAGGACUCAUAUACAAACAUUGUUGAGUGCUGUAUUGAGUGUGACCUGUAGACAACUAGACACUGGACAUUUAAUUUUCACCCUAUAUCUUGUGUUUACUCUGUGGCAGUUAUGGGGGUUACCACUUCAUCAGCCUGACUUUUGGGCAGUUGCUGUGUUGAUGGUGUUAUCAAUCAGACUGCUGAUACUUGUAGUUCAACGUAAGUACCACAGCUAGGUUGAUCGACAAUGCUUUGUAGGCGUGUCCUCUAAAGACAUUUAUUCUGCACCAUUUAAGCCUGUGGUCUCUUUCUGUUCUUAAAUCACCUUGUUUAUCAUUCUCUCCAUAUGCCCAGACCAUUACAAUGUGUAUACAGUGGAACCUCAGUUUUCGUGAUUAAUUUGCUCCAGAAAGUCUGACAAAAACCGAAUUGUGCGAAAACUGAAGCUAUAUUUCCCAUAAGAAAUGAUGUAAGUUCAAUUAAUCUGUUCCAGACACCCAAAAAUAUUAACAGAAGAUACACUUUAUAGAGAAUAACUAUAGUUUUACAUACAGAAAACAAUGAGAAAUAAAUGUAAAUGACUAAUGAAAUGUAUAAAUGAACAUUUAAUAUAACUUUUACCUUUAUUGAAGACUUGUUGGCGUAUGGAAAACGACGAGGAGGGGAGAGGUUAUUGUUUGGAAGGGGAAUCCCCUUCCAUAAGGACUUCAGGUAUCAAAGCCCUAUCAGGGGUUACUUCCCUUCUUUGUCUUUUCUGCCAUUAGGAUCAGCUUAAGAGUCACUGUACCCCUGCUGCACAUAAAAACUGUCCAGAGAGGUCUGUUUCUGACAUCUCUUUAAGAUUUGCCAAAAAUGGGACAAGGCAUUGUCAUUGAACAUGUUGCAGACACUGCUUGCAACAGCUUUGUUAGGGUGAUAUUUCUCUACAAGACUUUGCAACUCACUCUACUUUGCACAUGUCCUUAAUCACUGAAGAUGGCACAUUCUCCCUGGUCUCUUCCUCCUCCUCCGAAGUAAUUUCCUCAGCUGCAAUCUGUUGCUGUUCCAGUUGAAGGCGUUGCAGCUCUUCAGUGGUUAGCUCUUCUCUGUGGUCGACCACAAACUCUUCCACAUCCUGACCACGGCCACUCACAUCCAACCUCAUGGGUUUCCCCAAAGACACAAUAGAUUCAACAACAGGCGUAGGGUCAUCAGGGUUAGCCUCAGCCCAUCAAGUGCCAUGCCUUUUUGCAAAUUAACUCCAAAACACUAUUUCCCGCACGGGGUGAUGCUCACUCAACGAUAAACACAGGCAGACCGAGUCACUUGGCGCUUGGGUGGCCAAGUGACGCGGGCGGGCAGGUGGGUGCAUUCGGUACAGACCAUUGUCAACUCGACGAAAACUGAGGUGAUGUACGAUAACUGGGACAAAAUUUCAACGGAAAAAGUCGUCGAAAACCGAAUCCUAUGAAAACUGGGGCGUACAAAAACCAAGCUUCCACUGUUCAUACAUAUAUACAUACAUAUAGUAUACAUACAUACGUACAUAACAUACAUACAUCUUUCUUUCAAAGCACCAGCCGUAUCCCACCGAGGCGGGGUGCCCCAAAAGGAAAAACAAAAGUUUCUCCUUUUACAUUUAGUAAUAUAUACAGGAGAAGGGGUUACUAUCCCCUUGCUCCUGGCAUUUUAGUCGCCUCUUACGACACGCACGGCUCACGGAGGAAAAAUUCUGUUCCACUUCCCCAUGGAGAAUAUUAUAUAUAUUGUGUAUAUAUUUUUUUUUUUUUUUUCAACAAGUUGGCCGUCUCCCACCGAGGCAGGGUGACCCAAAAAAGAAAGAAAAUCCCCAAAAAGAAAAUACUUUCAUCAUCAUUCAACACUUUCACCACACUCACACAUAAUCACUGUUUUUGCAGAGGUGCUCAGAAUACAACAGUUUAGAAGCAUAUACGUAUAAAGAUACACAACAUAUCCCUCCAAACUGCCAAUAUCCCAAACCCCUCCUUUAAAGUGCAGGCAUUGCACUUCCCAUUUCCAGGACUCAAGUCCGACUAUAUGAAAAUAACCGGUUUCCCUGAAUCCCUUCACUAAAUAUUACCCUGCUCACACUCCAACAGAUCGUCAGGUCCCAAGUACCAUUCGUCUCCAUUCACUCCUAUCUAACACGCUCAUGCACGCUUGCUGGAAGUCCAAGCCCCUCGCCCACAAAACCUCCUUUACCCCCUCUUUCCAACCCUUGCGAGGACGACCCCUACCCCUCUUUCCUUCCCCUAUAGAUUUAUAUGCUUUCCAUGUCAUUCUACUUUGAUCCAUUCUCUCUAAAUGACCAAACCACCUCAACAACCCCUCUUCAGCCCUCUGACUAAUGCUUUUAUUAACUCCAUACCUUCUCCUAAUUUCCACACUCCGAAUUUUCUGCAUAAUAUUUACACCACACAUUGCCCUUAGACAGGACAUCUCCACUGCCUCCAACCGUCUCCUCGCUGCUGCAUUUACCACCCAAGCUUCACAUCCAUAUAAGAGUGUUGGUACUACUAUACUUUCAUACAUUCCCUUCUGUGCCUCCAUAGAUAACCUUUUUUGACUCCACAUAUACCUCAACGCACCACCAAUACAUACAUACAUACACAUAUAUAUGUAUUCAGAUUUUUUAGAGAAUGUUCACUUUUGUUCAUCUUCGCUGUUAGCUUAUAUGGCUACAUUGUAUAUAUGUUAUAAUUUAUUUUUGUUCAUCUUUUAGUGAGAUAUCCCUAUUUUUAGGGAAUAAACUUUUCUAGUCUUGGGCUUUGGGGAGAAGUGUCAAAUUUUAAACUUAUUAAAUAUCACAAGUUCUCUUUCAAGCAUGACUAUGGUAUCAUGCAUUAAUACUGAAAAGUAAGAAGCUAUUGUUUUUCUGUGUAAACUGUAACUAUUGUUGGCUGCAGUGGUGCCUGUGUGGCACCAUUGACAUUGUAAAUUCAUCCUUACUGGUUGUAGAUUGAGACACUUAUGCAGCAUAUGGGAAUCUUUAUUCAGGAAACGUUUCGCCACACAGUGGCUUCAUCAGUCCAAUACAAAGAGGAAGGUGUAAGGAGAGGAGGAGAAUGAAGUAAUCAGUCCCUCAACCUGGAGUCGAUGUGUUCAGUCCAUCAAUCUUGUAGAAUGUACAGCAUAGGGCCGUAGACGUGGCUUAUAUACUGUAGUGAGGUGAGGUGAAGCAGGCGGAGGCGGGGUCAUAGUGGUACCAUCCACUAGUCAAAGUAGGUCUUCGUCCAAAGGUUGAACAAGUGUUGAAGAAUUCUUUGUAACAAGAUCCCAUGAUGCUGCUGUGUCUGACAGUUGUGAUGAAUGGUUUGAAAAACCGACAAGUUGAAGAUUGAGACACUUAUGCACCAUAUGGGAAUCUUUAUUCAGGAAACGUUUCGCCACACAGUGGCUUCAUCAGAUGAAGCCACUGUGUGGCGAAACGUUUCCUGAAUAAAGAUUCCCAUAUGCUGCAUAAGUGUCUCAAUCUUCAACUUGUCGGUUUUUCAAACCAUUCAUCACACUUACUGGUUGUCUUUGAUUAGAGUGUGGCUGUGACCUGACAAGUGGUGGAGGAAGACAAAUAUAGCAUAAGGAGACCUUUUAUUGUUAAAAUGUUUCACCUACAAGAGGCUUUGUCACUUGAUACUCUCUUUUAGGUACAGUGUUAAAAUAAUUUUUUUUUCUCUGUGUGUCUUUUUCCACCACUGGAUGUCUUAAAUCAGAAAUUAAUUUUUUUACACACAUGCAUGGCAGUAUUGAAUUCUUAAAUGUAUCUAAGGACUGGUGUGCACUAAUGUUAAAUAUACAUUUUGGUUGCAAGUACACCUGUGAAAUUUCCUAUCAUGGAUACUAGGAUGCCUAGUCACAACCAAAACAAAUUUUAGAUCAUAUGUAUCCACAAUCAUAAAUAUAUAUUUUGCUGAUAUGAAUGCUAGAAAUGAGAGGUACAUAUACUAUAUUACAGUAAAGAACUGAGAUAUUUAGCAGUCACUUGGUUUCUAUUUAAUGAAAUUACACUGUUCUAUACUACAGUGGAUACAUUAUUUGCCUACAUUAAAGGUAGCUUGCCUUUUUUUUUUACUAAUGUUCAUAACAUCUGUUUAGUUAUUAGUUUUAAAGAAGUAAUGUGAACCGCAUAAUUUUGAGAGUGGUUUAGCAUUAUGGUAUUUGUUCAUUAUAUGUGCUCAACUUUAGUAAGGUACAAGGAAGUACAACUUGUUAAUAAAUGUAGAGAUAUCAAAAUGGAGUGUUAAGAGUUCAUUUUACUAGAUUUAAGUACAUUCUUUAUUAUUUUUGUUACUUAAAACUAUACUUUUGAGGUUUUAAUUAAAUUUUUAUCAAAAUGAGCCAUUCGAGUUUAAUGCAAAGAUAUAACAUUUAAUACAGUUUAAUGCAAAGAUAUAACAUUUACACUUAGUGCCAAAUAACAGAUAUUUCUAAUCGUGCACAAUAUUCAUUGUUCAUCAUUUGUGAAAAGAAAUUUAUAUUAAUGAUGAAUUUCAGUACAAAGCACUUGACUGUAGUUAAAAAUUAAGGAAUGCUUCCUUUGAUGCAUUAAACCAAUAGAUUUUGUAUAAUACUAUAAAUUACAAUAAUAUAAUGGUAGCAUUCAGAAGUACUGUUUUUUACUUGGCUUUAAAUUUAAGUUGGUUUUGGUCAUUGUGCAGUCCAAAAAUGGUACAAUAACCUCAUAUCUCAUUAGCCCAGCCCCUUCUACCUCAAAUCACUCAAGAGAGAACUUAAUGUGACAUAGGUUUCUAAUGCAGUUAAAUAUUGCAUCAAAUAUUUGAAACCAGUCGAAGAUGCAUUCAUAAGUUAACGCAUGGAAACUAAUAUCCCAAUUUCUUUAAUAACACGUUAGUAUUUACACAUCCAGCAUCCAAAAAUCAUGAAAGUUUAAAAGCACUCAGAAGAGGCAUUCUCCAUUUAUUGCACUAAAACUAUUGUGUUUAGCCCUUUCAGUGUUGUGACCCCUGCUCACAAACUUGCUCUCAGGGUUGAAGAAUUUAAAAAAAAAGAAUUAAGUGAUAGAGAAUCUUUUUCCAAAGGUAAUGAAAUGAAAAGUACGAAAUUUGAUGAAAAACUUGCGGAAUAAUGCUCUCGCAGAGUUAGUAGUCUCGGCAAUAUUUAUGCAUCGGCAAUUUCGCCCAAUUUAUGCUCUUUUUUGGCCAAUUCCAUUGUUCCAGUCGACCAGACUCAUAGCUAUUUCUAUGGAAUGAGUACAAGAAACUGCUCUUUUACAUAUUUCAGCUAUCUAAUAAAGUGAUCAGAAAUCUAAUUUGGCCAAUUUUGCACAAAAUUCAGCAAUUGCCAGUUUGAAAAUAGGAUCCAGAAUAAACAUUGUAGACAUUCCUGGCACUAAAUAAACAUUUCCUCUACCCCUUAGUCAUGUCUCCAGGCCCCUCUUUUAUUUACUUUUGCUUUUCAUUUUGAAUUCUUCUUUCAACAAACCGGCAGUAUCCC